ACUGCGCGCCAUACAGUGUGUUUGUGUGCGUAAACUUGUGUAAACAACCGUGUUGUUGGUUAAACUGUCAAAACAAUUUCAUCAAUCGCUAAUGAUGGAACAUCCAAACAGUACUUCUCCACAAAAUCACCAAAACAAAAGUGGAAAACGAAAAAAAGCAUCGGCCAAAAAGGCUAAGAAGAAAACAAAGUUGAAAACUGAACGUGAUGAUCAAAAGUCAAACGUAUGGACUGAGUUAGACGAAAUUGAACGGUUAUGUUUACCUAACUACAAAUUUGUGCCAACAACACACAGUGAAAUCAAGCCAAAUUAUCCAGAACACUAUGAUGUCGACAAGUAUCUAGCUUUGCAGACUGCAGCGGAACGACGUCAAUACCGGAAUUCGAACGAUAUCCGAAAAAAUAUCCACUCCAAGUCAGAUGAAUCGGAAUGGGCAGACCCUUCAGAGCAUCGACUAUGCCAUAAGCAACUCCGCGGCCAAAGAUGUGACAAUCCGAUAUGCUCGUUCAAGCAUGGGUUCCGGUUGCCGAGAAAAUUACGCCUAUGCAGUGAAUGGAGGAAGGGAGCUUGUGCGGACGGCAACGGCUGUCUAUAUUUACAUUCGGAAUUUCCAUGCCGUUACCACUACCUCGGUAUGACAAGUCGGAAACACGAUGUGAAAGCAUGUCGCUACUAUCACGGUGGUCCGCUACCAAAGGAGUAUGAGGACAUGUUUCUGGCCACAAUCGAUGUGGAGAAAUUGCCAAUGUUCCGAGUAAUGUACAGCAAAAGACUCGAUCAACUCAGAGGUCAACUAAGUGAGGCCGCGACUGUUGAUGAUCGAACUAUCGUUGAGGGAAAAGGGGACCUCAUUUCCAGUCAUGAACCCACAAAAUUACACAAACAGGAAAUUGAUAGAAGUUCACUGACAGCUGGGGACAGUUCUGUUGAAAAAAUAGUAGUGGAUGUUGCAGACAAAAAAUUGAAUGGCAGCGACGAAUCCCAACAAACUGACCUAGUUGGCGGUAAUGUUUGCACACAAAACGACCAGGAUUCAUCUGAUGAUGAAAGCAAGCUGCACAUAGUCGAUGACUGACAGAAUUCUGUUCAAAAUUAAGAAACAAAAAAAUUCCAUCAAUCCGCAUCAAUCGCCAUCAAUGAACGACCUUCGGUGUUUUUUAUGGUAAAAUAUAGAACGAAAUCAACCUUCAACCUGUUAUCGCAGAGAAAUAAAUUAAAUUCGCGCAAUUUUUAUGAUGAGUUUUUA